AUGACAUUAGGACUAGAAAAGUGUGGCGUGGUCGAUGUGAAACGCGGUAAACUGGCUGAGGAAGAAAAUGUAACGCUUUCCGAUGGACGGACAAUAUCAACACUAGGAAAAGAAGACAGAUACAAAUACCUGGGCGUGCAGCAAACGUUUGAAAUAAGGCAGCCAGAAAACAAGAAAGAAACUGAGACCGAGCUAACGAACAGAGUAUCCCGAAUAAUGAAUACACAGCUAUCGGCCAAAAACAAGAUAGAAGCCAUCAACAUCUGGGCGAUCCCAGUAUUUACGUACACAGCUGGCGUAAUCACCUGGUCUAAAACAGACCUAGAAAGACUCGACCGGAAGAUCCGAGCUAUCCUGACACGGAACGGAAUGUUGCACCCGAACUCAGCAAUAGAAAGACUGUACUUACCUCGUAAAGAAGGAGGCCGGGGCCUGGGCAGCCUGGAGGACAUCUACCUGAAAGAAGAGAAAAAAAUGAGAGAGUACUUCAGGAACGGAUACUCACCUAUCCAGCAGUGGGUGGCAGCACAACGUUUCCCAUCCACGCCUCUGGAGGAAGCAGGCACUCAAGAACCUGCUACAGAGGAGCCAUCUGAGAGGAGGAAGCAAAGCUGGCAGGCAAAACCUCUGCACGGAAGGUUCUACGCCAGCUUGCACCAGUCUGAAGUGGACACGCUGAACUCUAACACCUACCUGUCUCAAGGAUACCUAUUCCCCCAAACGGAGUGUACACUCUUGGCAAUACAAGACCAGGUUGUGCCAACACGGGUCUACACUAAGCUAAUAAUGAAGCAGCCAGUGGAAUCUACAAAAUGUAGACUCUGCGACAAAGCCGAGGAGACGGUCCAGCAUUUGUCCUCGGGCUGCUCAACAAUAGCCGGCACAAAAUAUCUAUCCCGCCAUGACAACAUGGGGAAGGUUGUGCAUCAGCUGAUGUGCUUGGAGGAAGGCCUUUUACACCACUUUGUGCCACACCAUAUAUACGCCCCUCAAACGGUUUUAGAGAACGACACCACAAAAAUAUACUGGGACAUGACCAUAAUCACGGAUCAAGGCGCCGAGCACAACAGACCGGACAUGGUGGUAUGGUCCAAGAAGAACAGAACAGCCAUAAUCAUAGACUUCUCAGUCCCACUCGACCAAAACCUAUCUAAGACCUACAGGGAAAAGAUAACAAAAUAUGAGCCGCUGGCAAGACAAAUGAAGAGCAUGUGGCACUUAGAUAAAGUCGAGAUAAAACCCUUAGUCAUCAGCAGCAAUGGGUUGGUCCACCGAAAGACGACAGAGCACCUCCUAGAAAUGAAACUGCCCUCGAACACAAUUCUAUGGAUGCAGAAGGCGGUUAUACUGGGGACGGUCGGCAUCAUACGCCAGGCAAUCUUCCCUCACUGA